CCCGGCUAGCGCGAUUACGAGAGAGUUUGUGAUAUACAGAUACUUUCAAAAAAAAAGUCACUUCUGCUAUUCAGUUGUUAGUUAAUUAUUUUCAGCAAAAUAUACUCAAAUUGUUGUUACAACGAUGUUUUACAUCAUUGGAGUAGGUUUAGGGGACGUCAAAGACAUCACAGUUCGAGGCCUCGAAAUCGUUCGAAGUGCUAAACGAGUGUACUUAGAAUCGUAUACAUCUAUACUACCAGAAAACAAACUUCAACUGGAAGAGUUUUAUGAAAGGCAAUUGAUUGAAGCAGACCGAGAGCUAGUUGAACAAGGCGCAGAUGAAAUAUUAGACAAAGCAAACGAGGACAAUGUAGUCUUACUUGUGGUUGGUGAUCCUUUUGGUGCAACUACUCAUGCUGACAUAUUGUUAAGAGCACGAGAUUUAAACAUUGAGACUAAAGUGAUUCAUAAUGCUUCUAUUAUGAAUGCUAUAGGAUGUUGUGGACUUCAAUUAUAUCAUUUUGGAGAAACAGUGUCUAUACCUUUCUGGACAGAUAAUUGGAAACCUUCAAGUUUCUUAAACAAAAUUAACCAAAACAAAUCUAAUGGAUUACACACCUUAUGUUUACUCGAUAUUCAAGUAAAAGAACCAACAUGGGAAAGUAUUACAAAAAAGAAAAAAGAAUAUCAGCCAUCAAGAUUUAUGGAAGUAAAACAAGCAUGCUCACAACUAUUACAAAUAAUAGAUAGUAAUGAAUUUGAUGGUGAAAAUUAUGUUACCAGAGAAAGUUUGUGUGUAGGUGCAGCACGUAUUGGAUGGCCAGAUCAAAAAAUAUUGGCGGGCACAUUAGCUGAAAUGGCCAAUGUGGAUAUGGGUUCACCAUUACAUUCAAUCGUUAUUGUUGGUACACUACAUCCUCUUGAAGAACAGUUUCUUAAACAGUUUUAUAUUGAAAGAAAAUAAUUAAAUAUUUAAUAAGGUUAAUAUGUAAAUUAAA